AUGCUCAAGAUUGUGCGGUGGUUUGAACUGUUCUUCGCUUUGAUCCCAAUCAAGAUCCUCUUCAAGAUGUUCUUCUUCUCAGAAGAGUUCACGAACACCGUCGCCAUGCCCAUGAUCGCCCUGUUUCUCGGAACCGGAAACGAAACGCCCAAUGUACCCAGUAUCAUUCUCGAGCGCCUAUGCACAAGUCCUACGUACGGCAUGUGGUAUCCUGGUGAUAAAUUGAGCGUUGCCAGCAACCUCCCGCCCAUGGUAGUGUUCCCCAAGUUCAGCGAAUUCUACGGAAAAUGGAAGGAAGAUCUCAAGUCGCGAGGCGUCAACGUUAGGCUUUCAACCGAAGUCACGCGUGUAGUUAAGAGAGAUAAGACAGGCGUCACCGUCCGCUUGAUCAAGCGUACACCCGUGCCAGACAACCACAACCCAAACUCCGAAUGGGUCCCUUCAAACCGCGAUCGUGGCGCCGACGCAGGCGCCGAAGAAACCGAAGAGCACUACGACGAGCUCGUUCUCUGCGUGCUGGCCGACACCGCCAAACGCAUCCUCGAACCCACCUCCUCCUACCGCGAGCGCAAAGUUCUCGGCUCCGCGAAAUUCUCAGACGACAUCACCGUUACCCACUGGGACACCGCAUACAUGAAGAAGCACUACGAGAACUUCUACGACCCUUCAAAGGCCGUGUCAUCCUUGUCGAAUAAAGACCAAUCCGGGCGCAACGAACGCGCGCAAAAAGCCUUCAAGCCAAUGUACUACAUCAAAAUGUACCCGCAGGACCUGUCCAAGCUCGAGAUGUGCUUCGACUGCACAAAUUACCAGUCGCAAUUCCCGCCUGAAGUCGAAUUUGACAAACACGUCUUCCAAACGAUUUAUCUAAACAAGGAUAGAGACGGGCAUCUGUGGAGCAUGGACGAAAUCGACCCGGCCAAGAUUAUCAGAAAGGAUUGGUGGCACCAGUUGUGCCAUUCGUGGACACAUUACGUCUUCGUCGUGCCCUGGAUGAUGUUCCUCCAAGGCCGGCGCCGCACGCGCUUCGCUGCAUCCUGGACACUGCUCAACGCGCACGAAGUCGCCGUCAUGUCGGGCAUCGCCGCCGCCGUCGAUCUGGGCGCCCAAUACCCCGAGGACCUCGAGCGCGACAAGUUCGCGCUGUUGAGUUUCCGCCUGUAUUACCUGCUGGCGUAUGGCAAGUGGUAUAAGAGGCGGGCGGACAAGGAGGGCGAGGGCAAGGACUGGGCCAGCGGGUUGUAUGGGAGUGUCUAUCGGGGCCCGGGAGUUAGCGAGAUUGAUAGGUUGCAGUGGAGGCAGGAGAAUGGGGUGAAGGAGGAGGGGAAGAGGUAUGCGUAUCCGGCGGAUGCGGGGAGGAGGGCGGAUGCGCCGGAGUUGUAA